AUGAGUUCCUCCGGCUGGAAACACAAUAGUGUAAGUAGCGUUUCACAUAUUAUACCAUAGCAAUUGAAGAACAAUUGAUUAUCAUAUCACACCAAAAAAUGACAAAACUUGGCCCUCUAUGCCCUUAAAACAACCCACAACUUCAAAAAACUACCAUACAGUUAGCCCACAAACCAAAUUAGAUUAAAACCCCUCUAUUUUCAGGUCACGGUGAACUACGAGAUUUACAAUGGAAUGUCCGGUAGAAGCGUUAUGCUUUGCGAAGACGGUGAAACCAUCGAAUCGACUAUUAACAAACUGUUGAAAGGUACUGGCAUUAAAGAGCCCAAAUAUAUAGUUGAUAUGCUUGUCAUCAAACAAGGUGAAUUCGUUACAUACUCAGGAAAGAUGUCGGCUUAUGACGUAUCGAGAACAUGUGUAAUCGAUGGUUAUACUUACGACUUGAAAAUUUCUUUGGUUAUUCAGGUAAGACGUUUGCAAAAUCUCAAUUUUUGGUCACUAUCUACAUCAAUAUACCUCAUUUUGCUAUUAAUAGUAGCGUAUCGUCACAUUGAUUAUUUCUAUAAGACAACACACGUUAUACGAGACUUAAAAGUGGCCCACUAGUCUCGGCUUGGCCUCAGGCCCGUCUAGGUCAAAGCAAAUUUUAAAAAGGCCGGGCCAAACUGAAAAAUUUGCCCAGCCUUUUUGCAGGUCUACGCUAUAUCUUUAUAGUGAACAGAAGCUAUCAUUCAAGUCAACAAAAGUACAAAGCUAAAAAAAAACCUUCAGGUAAAAGUCACCGUGAAAACCUCCCAUCAUACCACGGAUUGGAUGUCUAACCCAACCUUUUACACAGUUACUAUCAGUAACAAAGCCACGGUAAACGAUCUGUUCCAAAAGGCGGUGAAGGAAGAAGCUAUGCGCAAGUUCGGCUACCUUGCGUUCAGAGUUAAACACAAUGUAAGCAAUUUAAUUUAAAUACCCACAGUUCAAAAAUAUUGAACUUUAUAAAAGUUUAAAUUGAAUUUUUUAAGACUAUGGAUUUAAAAAAAUUGAUUUUCUAACAAGCAAGGCUUUGCAAUGUAAAAUUAAAAGUUAAAGUAUGAUUUUGUAAAGUAAAAGACUAAAAAAGUAACUAUCAAUGUUAUAUCCUUCAAUCAAAAUUUCAGGUAGAACUGGGUCACAGUGAAUUCUCUUCGGUUACCCCAGACGAUCCUAUUGAUCCCAGCUACAACUAUGGCUACAUGAUCAGAGUAGGUUUUCAACUUAAAAACGGGGAGGGGAAGGGUAAAGGAAAUUUAAAAGGAGCCGUGCCGAGGCUGGGCAUAGUGAGCCUCCUUUCAGGUCUACUGUAAAUUUUAAAAAUAGAAAAGACCCAGCAAAGAACAACAAAUUUUGAACUUUCCUAUCCUGUCCCAUCAAAACGAACCCGCCCAAAACUAAUGAAAAUCAUUAUCUCAAAAAAUAAACAAUCAUCUUAUCAUUCCAGAGCCUCCAAGACAUGGUAUUCGAGCACAAGCAGCUCGAGUUUUCCAAACGCUACGAAUCGGUCUGUUUUCCAAAAAGAAGGUCAAAGUCUCCAGUUAAAGUGAAGAAGAUGCAACUGAAGCGGCCAAAGAAGGUGAAAUGCAAUUACACAGCACUGCAAAACCAAAUGAAUGAAGCGUUCGCCAGGAUUCGAGAGUUGGAAAAGCAAAGCAAGAAAAUUGCGGAGUUGCAGGGGCGAGUUUCACAUAGUUUAGAUGAUUUGGAGACCAAAUCCUUGGCUCAACAGUUGGCCAAGGUCAAUAUUCAAAAGGGAGAUGAGGUAAAGAUGGGAAAUUUAAAUAUUGAAAAGGAAAUAGAGGCAGAGAUGGAUAAGUUGAGUAUUCAUAAGACUGAAGAGCCAGAAACGGCGAAUGUGAAGAUUGAGAAGAAGGAAGAACCACAGCCGACCAGGUAUCGCUUUAAGAAGCGAGAACCACGAGCCAUUUCUGAUGAUUAUGUCUUCGUUGACCCUAACCUACAUUUUUCGCUUUGUUAA